AUAAAAUUUCCCAUGGACGCGGCAGGCGCAGGGCACGGCACACUCACUAUCGCCAUGCCUGCCUCGAUCCACUGUUCCUUUCUUCCUCCUUCCUCCUGUCCUCUUUAAUUGCCCGAGAGCAACGGUGCGAGACGGUGAGACGAUAACUGGUUCUUGCAGCCGAGGAGGAGCGAAGAGAUCGACCAGGUAGAUUCAGCUCGCAGUGUUAGGGAGUCGAGCUAAUUCGUCUGGUGAGACGCAGGAGCCAGAGCCAUGAGUGGUCGAUUGUUUGCAGGGGGCGGGCUGUGGAGUGAGAUGCUGGAGCAAUGUCACCGCCGGCCGAUUCGAAGGGUGGCGGCAUCAUGGGCAUGAACAUGGUGACCACGGUGAUGGCCUUCUCGGUCAGCGCCUUCUUCGUGCUCUUCGUCUUCACCAGGCUGCUCUGCGCGCGCCUCCACCUCAGGGUCGCCACCACCGCCGACCACGCGGCCGGCGACGCCUUCGUCGUCUCGACCUACCACGUGGAGCACGGGAUCAGCGGGCUGGAGCCAUCCGUGGUGACGAGCUUCCCGACGUUCAAGCUCGGCGACGGCCCGCAACGGCCGCCGCUGCAGGAGUCGCAGUGCACGGUGUGCCUGGAGGAGUACGAGGCGAAGGACGUGGUGCGCGUGCUGCCCGCCUGCGGCCACACCUUCCACGUGCUCUGCAUCGACGCCUGGCUCAGACAGCACCCCACCUGCCCCGUCUGCCGCGCGUCCCUGCGCACCAAGAAACGCGGCGCCACGCCGCUCGACUACGGUCUCCUCGCCGCCGCGCCGGCCUCCCAGGUCCCCGCGUCCUCGUCCGACCUCGCCGCGUCCCCCCAAGCGACCGCGGACCAGACGGGCAUUGGGGUGGAUGGUCGACUGGAGAUCGUGGCCGAAGAACCGGCCUCCUCUGGCGACCAGAGCGCCGCUGCCGCUGCUGCUGCUGGCGGUAACCAUUCUCGUUGCGGUGAGACGGCGAGACACAGCGCGAGCAGCGCCAGCGCGUCGGAACAUUGCUAGCUAGCGCAUGCUGACACACGCUUAGACGGAACGGUAGUGUCAAAUGCGAUUGCGAUGUGUUUAGGGGCUAGCCAUGGGAAUUUAAAUCUGGUUUUUAACAGCCUUUUUUCCUCCUGAUCUGAGAAAGCUGAUUGUGCCUUGCUUGUA